UUGACUUCUUUCUGGCCAACAUUCAUCGUCAGCAGACAUUUACCCACAAUGAGCAAAUACAUCACAAAACUUGCUGUGUCCCUUAAUGGAACUGAGGAGCAACUGCUCCAAUCACAGGGCUUCAAGAAAAUCCCUACUGAUCUGAACAAAGGAGCAGGAGGGAAAUACAUCUAUGUUUGGUAUAAAACAGAAUCCUGCGACGCACCAAUCACCAGGAUUCAGUUUACAUUCAGAGAUGAUAUGGCUGCUGGAUUGAUCACAGCAGGGUACACAAAGAUCCCUAAAGAUCUCAAUGCUGGAACAAAGGGUGUUGCCAUCUACCUUUGGUACUUUCAAGGGAGCACCGAGCAUGAUUAUCCAAUAGUAGACAUUGAAUUCAGUGUAAGUGCAGCAAGUGAAGCCCCAAAGUUUGGCCUUGGCUUGGAUAGACUGGCCCUUGAUCUAAACCGCGGAAAUGAUGGUGACUGGAUCCACGCCUGGGUGAAAAGAGAGAAGGAAACCUACAUCUGUGAUGUCACUGCCACUGUUGGCUUUGGAUCUGAUGCUGACAGGUUUAAGGCAGGCUACAUGCGUAUGGAUGAAGACAUCAACAGAGGUGCAGGAGGAGCCUGUGUCUUCAUCUGGUACCGUCUCACCACCAACCCCAAGCUUGCACUCAGUGAUCUGAAAGUCUCCACAAAUGAUAGCGAAUAUCAGCAGUAUCAGCAGCAAAAUUACACGCCAGUGAAUGUUAACCUCAACGAGGGUACCGGAGGCAACAUGGUGUACCUGUGGUGGAAGAAGGAGGAAUGCAGUCCCAUUAAGGAUGUCACCCUGCUUCUCAACAUGGAUGCUGUUGAUCCUUAUGAGAAGGCUGGUGUCAUUGUUAUCAAAAGAAAUCUCAACUCGGGCAAUAAUGGCAGGUGUGAGUACCUGUGUGUCUAUCCUUGAAAGCCUUCAUCAUGGUGGCAGAGCUGAGAAUUCUCAACACUGAAUCAAGGAAAGCAAAGCCCAAUAUUAAAUCAUUUUGGUGGUGGCCUCUUCAACCUUUUUUUCUUCUCUUUUUUCAUAUCUAACAAUUUGAUUAAUUAUAUUAGAGCAGGCUAAUACUGCCGUCAAUAUCAGGAAGUAUUUACGGUAUAUGGGUUCUAAUGGUGAAUUUGCUGAUGUAAUCAAAGAAUAGGCAACUAACGUAGAGUUAAGACAAAAAGAUGAGUUUUAAGUUGACAAAUAAAAGGCAUAGCUGUUUGAUAUCAGCAGGGAGGUUAUUUUGUAUUCUGAGGUUGAAGUGGAUCAGACAGGUGAAGGGGCACAGUCCAAUAAUCUGAUUUGGUGAUGGCUUUUAUAACUUUUUUUUCUUUUUUUUGUUUAAAACAAUGUGAUUAAUUAUAUUACAGUACUACUAGAAGUAACAUCAGAAAGUAUCAAUCGUAUAUGAGUUCAAAUGUUAAAGGUGUUGUCAGUGAAAUUAGACUGUCAAAUGGCUGUUUUUCUGACAAUGAUGUCAAUUAAUGAUGAAAUAUUAAAGCUCUGUAUCACUUUAUUUUGGAAAUCUUUUGCUUUUCAAUACAUACAACUUUGCAUGAGAAGUAUGUUUGCUUCUG